AAAUAUUGCGAAAUUAUUGUUAUUCAUGCCUCUUUAUUAAAUUUUCAAUCACUCGUCAAAUUAUCUAUGAAAUCCCUGCGUCACUCAGGGUUGCAAUCAGUCGAAUCGGUUAAUUUCUUGGAUUUUGAUUAAUUUCAAUUGAAGCUCCUGUAGCAAUCCAUGAAAUUUCGCGAAAUCAUGAAAUCAGUAACAGGAAAUUAAGAUCAUGACAAGCGCGUGAAACAAACAGAAACUGUCAAUUUACUUGAAACGUGUUGUUAUACGCACACCAAUCUAUAGAAUCGUGAGAAAUUUUGUCAUAUUUCUGCACAUCAUCGUAUUGACAAUGAUUGAAGCUAUAAAAUAGUUCGCUGCAAAUUCAAAUAGAUAUUCACAUAUCCUUGAUCGCUGAAGUAAAUCCUCCGACUAUAUUUCACCCCUGAUAGAUUCAUCAGACACUCAGAAAAUGACUAAAAUGUCAUUGGCACUAUUUCUCCUACAACAAAUAGAUAAACAAAUGAACGAAUAAACAUUUAAUUCGUUCUGUCAUUGCUUCUCACAUUAGUAAACCAGAAAGGUGCAAAAAGUCCCAUUAAGGAUCCCUUAAACUCACACGAAAUAUAAUCGAAAUGAUCAAUCAAACACCUGAGUCUGCGAGGGGUAACCCAACCCCUAAGCCCAUUCACAGCUGUUGAAGAAUUUAGCUACUGUGGAAGUGUACAAACUUAGCUACGAUUAUUGCGGUAACUGCAAUUACACGUAGCGGAUGGGACAAUUAUCAUACGCAGGAGCAUGUCCUAACGAAAAUGCCGGAAGACAGUCGCCAGUGCGGGCCCAACGCCCGAGCAAAAGAAUCAUGGUGAUCCUCUUCUUGAUUAUCGUGACGAUUGUAGAGUCGUCGGGUGAAGAGUGCUACUACGACGGGAAUGAUUUUUGCUUGAGCCCAGAUGAUAUUCUGUCGUUCGAUCUUCUGCCUGGAACGUUCCUGUUGGACGCGUCCAAUAAAACCGAAAAAAAUGGGAAUGAAGUGACGUUGGAUAAUGUCAGGGUAGACGGGACAUACCAGGAGGCUCUCAAUAAAAUGGAAUAUCACAGGAAGAGGAUGAACGAGUACCUGUGCCAUGGUUUCAUAGCUGAGGAGAUAUUCCGUGAGGUGAAAUCGACGAGGGUUAAACGGCUGGAGGAUCCGUCGGCGAAUUCGAUGCCAGAUUUUCUUGGAGAAGAAAAUGUGACUGUUCACGAUAAGUUAUUAUCAGAUGAGGGGAGUAGUAAAUACAAAGAAUGGCUCCAAAGAACAACUACUCUAGAUGAUGUUUAUCGUCACUACAUGCCAAAGAAGUUGCAUAAGAAAACGUCGAAAAAGGGGAUUCCACAUGAUUUUGAAGAGUUCGAUGGUGAAGUGACAGGCUAUGCACUGCCAGCUCCGAUUGCGCCCUUAGUUCCAAUUGCUCCGGGUAAAAUCGGAUCCUUCUACGACGAUGGCGACGAAUUAAUAUCUUCGCCAACUGGAAAUCAUCAGUACGGUCAACCUCCAAGCCAUCAAUACAAUUACCCACCAGCACCGCCGCCACCAUCAUAUCAUCAUGCGCCUCACAGUGAAAUAGUUCCAAUCAUUCAUGAAGAGCAUUAUUUCGAAUCAGACCAUGAAGAUGAGUCUUGGCACGAUGUUUCGUGGAAAGGAAAAGGGGAAUUGACGAUUAAAGACUUUUUCGAAAUUGCUCUCACUGCCCUGGCAUUUCUGGCCUUCGGAUUGUUCACUAUUCAACUGCUGAUGGCUAUUACGAAUCCAGGAACAACAACAGUGGUAACAGAUGGUACAAUAAGGCUCAAACGAAAUGUUUUCUCCUCGAAAUUCGCGUAUAACAACAAUGCGGAACUCAAUGAACUUGCUCAUAGAGUGCUAAGAUCAAUCGAGGCUGCAAUGGUUGCCGAACACGACGCUGGGCGGUGUUUGAGAUGGACAUUAUGUCGGGAUAACCAGCAUUCGAGGAGUUUGAAUACAGCUCAGAAGGUGUGGCUGCCAGUUUGGAGUCUCGGAAUGAGUUGGUUGUGCGGUCGCAUGGUUCACCAAGCAACCUGGCCCGCCAUGUUCGAUUCAAUCAAAGCUUCGAUACUCGGUCUUGGAGGGGCAAACUGCGAUGACCUCUACCCUGGAUGUAAUCUUGCCGAGGAAAGGAGGAAACGACGAAGACGUCGUAGAAAGUAAACAUCAUCCCACGUCUCAAGUUCCAUUAGCAGAAGCUUUCGGCCUCCAUGUCAAGGGAUUGAAUCCGGUGAAACUGGUAAGAGUGAAGCGUAAUUUGAUCCCUUAGGAUUAGCGUAAAAAACCGGGGGAUUCACGCAUGCUAGGGGCCGCAAGUUGUUCAAUAUUCUGUUGAAAUUUCGAUCGUUCAAAUUCCGAAACUGCGCCACCUGAGAAUACAUUUGCCGACUUAAUUUCAGUAACUAAGUUGAUACUAAAUCAAUAAUUUUAAUUUAAGAAAUAAUCGACAAUAAUUUUUUUAAAUCGCGAGUGGGGGAAUUUCGACUCUAUGGAAUUAUUUUCUGCAUGUAUACUUUUAAGCUUAAAGUUUCCAGAAUUUUUUGGAGGCUCAUCGUAUAUUCAAUGAACGCUUCGGGCUUUCGCAAUAACAAUUUGGAAAUUCACUAUUUUUUUGGGAAUAUUUUUCCAAAUUUUUCUGACGCGUGACAAAAGUAUUAUUCAAAAAAAAAAUUAAUGAAUUACCUGUUCGAGAGAAAUUGCAAUUGGUUCUCUACUGAAGAGCCACAUAACAGGCGUCUCAUAUUUUCCAACUGGAACAGUACCUUUGUACAAAAAAUAAUCGUCUUCAAAGGGUCGUAGUAUAUUACUAAUUGGUUCUACCGGAAUUCGAAUUGAAGAGUCUGGAGGUUGAAUCGAUGACAGACUGUUCACUAUACCAUUGAGGGCUAAAUUAGGCACCGACUGAAGCUAAUUAGUAAAUAACACGACAUCCAUGAACAUUUUGAAUUUAAAUUAAGCACAACAUCGAGAAAAUGAUUAAGUACGAGAUUUGUUUAUGGCAGUAUUCAUGUGGGAUUUUUUAUGGACAUGUUAAGAUGUACCUUAAAGAAAUAAACUAGCAUGGUUAUGCCAUCAGUUUCCCUCAUGGCAGCUUCUUGAGAUAGAUAAUCACUUUUAAAGUGCACUGCGUGUAGCUCCAUUGGCUGGCUGCAGUGAUUGCGUCGGUGAUUAGUCGUGAAUCUAGUAUUUUCGAGUGAAUCAAUUGCGGUGAAUAAUUACCUUGCUCCGUCCACUAAAUGCUCACUCCCCAUCAUUUCAGUGGGGCCCCAAUGAAAAUGAAUCUGUGAAAAAGUGUAAUCGCUCCGUAGUGGCCCUGACGAUAAAUGUGGAGUUUUUUGCCAAUUUCCGCACACAACCACGUUUCUUCCUGUAUUUGUUAUUUUCAAUUUUUUUGGCACUAUUUCGUAGUUAUGCCAGUCUAAUGAUUUCAAAUUCACCACCGUCAUUUUACUCAUAUUUAAAUCAAUCGGAGACCUCGACUGGUUGCCAGUAACUUGUUCUGUUUCAAUAAUCUCCAUUUUUGGGGGAUUUUUACAAAAUAUAUUAAACUGAGAAGGGCACUGUUGAUUUUGACAUGUUACGGUAAUGACUAAGCCCAAGAAAAAAUUAUUUAUGAUUGAAAAAACAUUUUAGCGGCAAACAAUUGUUUCGCGAAUCAUUUUCAACUUUUCUGAGAAAGUUUUUGACAUUUUACCAUUGCCAGCCGAUUUUAAUAUAAUUUGAAGUUUGGUACGACAUAAAAAAAGGCGAGGGAAAUACAAAUAUCUAUUUUCUCCAGAACGCCGAAAAGUUCUUGUGCUUUACCAUUUCCGUUCAUGGAAUGUAUUGAAAAAAUUAACACUCUGAUAAUUUUUUACAUUCUUCGCCAUUUUAUUCCAUACAAUUAGUAAUUUUCAUUCUUAACAAUUCUAUUAACAAUUUUCGAUUUCUCCAUAAUUUUUAUCAAAGUAUAAAAGAUAUAACCAUGAAUUAAUAAUAUUAUUAUUAAUUUAAUAUCACACCAACGUUUUCGUACCAACGUUUACAUUUUUCCGUUCGGUUGCUCGGACGCCUUUAAUGGAACUCCUCUAAUUUUCUCGUACAGUAUGUUGAAUAUAUCAUACCCAUACUCGUUUACAAGACUCCUGAAGUAUUUUGUUUUCUUUCCAUUGCUUUUGAAACACAAAUCAUGUAAUUCUUCAAGUAUACAAAGCUCUUUUCCCUUCAAGAUCUUACAUAUGUUCAUCGGGGUGAAAACUAGUUCUAGAGAUAAUAAAUGUUGCAGGCGAUUUUGGUCACUGAAACAAAUUUCAUGAAAAUUUCUGAGCAUUGAGGCAGCAUUAAUUCCUGCCAUGGAAAGGCUUCGGGCCAAAUGUUUCGGCUUAAAACCCAAAGUCCUAAAAUCAUUUAAAAUUUUCGAUCUACCUCCUUCGGUAUUAAAACAAACGCCAUGGAAAUCUUGGAAAG